AUGACUAGUUUAACUGGGAUUGCAACUGACAACUGCUGUAAAUAUAGUCGAGGAGAUAUCACCGAGCUACCUGUUGAUGCUAUUGUCAAUGCUGCCAACAAUAGUCUGCUUGGUGGUGGUGGAGUGGACGGAGCUAUUCAUCGCAAGGCAGGCAGAGAGCUCUUGGAAGAAUGCAUUAAACUUGACGGAUGUCCUACUGGCCAAGCCAAACUUACUCGGGGCUAUAAUCUUCCAUCACCACAUGUCAUUCAUACAGUGGGUCCGAUAAUCCGUGGCAACCAACUUCAGCCUAAUGUCCUUGCAAGUUGUUAUACCGCCAGUUUGAAUGUAGCAAAACACAAUCAGAUCAAAAGUAUUGCCUUUCCUUGUAUUUCUACAGGCAUAUAUGGAUAUGAUCAAGAUUCGGCUGCUCAUGUGGCUCUCGGAACUGUUAGGCAAUGGCUGAUGGAGAAUACUGAUACAGUCGAUUUGGUUAUAUUCUGUGUAUUUUUAGAGGAAGAUUACCAGAUCUACUCAAGGUUAAUCCCGGAAUAUUUCACUGGAAUCAAAAAUGAUUCAUCUUCAACUCCCGAUCGAUAG